AUGAUGGUGGAGCGCUAUGCCGCCACUUUCGUGGCAUUAUCGAGGUUUGCAAGUUAUCUGAUUCCUGAUGAGGAAAAGAAGUGUGAAAAGUUUGAGCGACGCUUGCAUCCAAGGAUCCGAAGUCGUCUGAUACCCCUGAGGAUCUGUAACUUCACUGACUUAGUUACACAGGCCACUUUAGUUGAAGAAGACAUGAGGGCGAAUGUAGAGAUCUUCAAUCAAAGGAAACGCCAACAACCACUUCCCAAGCCCAAUAAGAACAAGAAGCCUGCUCCCAGCCACCGGCCACAGUCACUUCAAACUAUUCCAACAAACCCAGUCUGUAAGAUUUGUGGGAAAAGGCAUCAAGGAAAUUGCUUAGUGGGUCAGAACGCUUGCUUCAGAUGCGGGCAACCAAACCAUAUGGCUCGAGAUUGUCCAAGGAGGAAUGUGUCAACUCCAGCUAUAGGGGGUGGCCAGAGGGCUACGGCACCAGCCAGAGUUUUUGCCCUUACACCAGGAGAUGCUGAGGCAUCUAACGAUGUGGUUACAAGUACCCUUCCACUAUUCUCUUGUUUUGCUACUGUUUUGUCUGACCCGGGUGCCAUGCACUCGUUUAUAGCAAGUGCUUAUGCAUGCUUGGAUGUGAAAGUACUUGAGAGGCUUGACUGUCCCCUAUUUGUUGCGAUACCUACCGGUGAAUACGUAGUUUGGGACACCAUACUUAAGAAUUGCCCUAUAGAUAUUAGUGGGAGGCACCUUCUAGCAGACUUGGUAGUUUUUGAUAUGAUGGGGUUCGAUGUAAUUCUGGGAACAGAUUGGUUAUCCCGAAAUCAAGCCUGUGUAGACUGUUUUAAAAAGGAAGUAGUUUUCAAAACUCCAGGCAAAGAAGAAUUCAGCUUUUGUGCAAAGAGAGGAAACACCCCACCUCGACUGAUCUCAGUUUUGCAAGCAACUAGAUUACUAAGACAGGGAUGCUUUGGGUUUCUGGCUAGUCUUGUAGCACCACCUGUAGAGGGACCCAAGCUUGAAGAUAUUCCCAUUGUCAGGGAAUUUUCGAAUGUGUUUCCGGAGGAUCUUCCAGGCUUGCCCCCCGGACUGGGAGGUUGA